AGCGGCGCGAGCAGCUGCCGUUGGGAACCUGAAGCUCGGCUGGCUUGUCCGGACGAAGCCCGGUCGCCCCGCCCCUUCUGUGCAGCAGGUGGGAAGUGCCAAGAGGCAUGUCCACUAAAGGACGGGCAGCUGCCGCCCAACCCCGAGAGAGAAGGCGGUGGAAUGUCCCACCCUCCCGGUUCUCCUGGAGCAGGCAAUGCUGACAUAGGAGGCAUAACCCACAGUGAUCAUAAUGGUCCUCUGCUGAUUAAUGAAGCUUCCUAGAUGUGUUAGUUGCUAUGGGAGAUUGGAGCAGUGUAACAGUGGCAGAUCUGUCUUCAGAUAAUAAUAUUACUUGGUAUACCUCAUCCAGAAAUAUGUCUCCCUCAAGUUUAAGUGUGCCUCAAGUGCAAAACUCAGCACUGCCUCUGUCUAAAAGCAUGCACAGCUUUUUCAGUGUCCUCUGCACAGAAGAGAAUAUUGAACAGAGCCUCUCCUAUCUUAACAAGGAAUUGACCACGCUUGGCUUCCCAUCACUUUAUGCUGAUCCCAGAGGCAAAGAAGUAAGCAUAGUUUCUGUAUUAAACUGUAUGAAUGAGCUACUGCUGAUGCAGCGUAAAACUCUACGUGCUCAGGAAGAAACAGAAACCCAGCAUCUGAAACUGGGCAGCGAUAUGGACCAUCUGCAAAACUGCUACAUUAAAUUAAAGGAGCAGCUGGAAUCCUCUAGAAGAGAAAUUGUUGGACAUCAGGAAAGGGAUAGGCAACUUCAGUGUAAGAACAGGAAUCUUCACCAGUUACUGAAGAAUGAAAAAGACGAGAUUCAGAAGCUACAGAAUAUUGUGGCAAGUCGGGCAUCCCAGUAUAAUCAUGACAUGAAGAGGAAAGAACGAGAAUAUAACAAACUAAAAGAGCGGUUUCAUCAACUCCUGAUGAGUAAAAAGGAUAAAAAAAUAGCUAUCGAUAUUUUAAAUUAUGUCGGCAGAAUUGAUGGCAAGAGAGGUGCCUGGAGAACUGGGAAAACAGAAGCUAAAAAUGAAGAAGAAAUGUUCAAAACUCUCUUAAAUGAGUAUGAACAGCGGCAGAAACAGCUCCUAGUUGAAAAUGCUGAACUGAAAAAGUUACUUCAACAAAUGAAGAAGGAGAUAAUUUCUUUGCUUCCAUCACAGAAGCAGAUGCCUAAAGAGAAGAUUGAAGAUAACACUGGGCCUAUUCUCUCAGACUUGGAGGAAGACUCUGGAGAAGCAAAUAAAGAAGACGUGUGGGAACUUUCUUGUGAAACAGUGCGUGAACAGCUUGCUAAUAGCAUUCGAAAACAGUGGAGAAUGCUGAAAAAUCAUGUUGAAAAUCUGGAUAACCAAGUAUCACAUGUAUAUUCUGGCUCUCUGAAUGACAAAGAUACAGUCUCACGACAUGAGCAUGAACUGGAAGUCGAAGGACUGCAGCUGGAAAUUCAGCAGUGCAAAGAGAUGAUAAAAACUCAACAGCAACUUUUACAGCAGCAGCUAACUGCUCCCUGUGAUGAUGAUACCAAUAUGUUGCUACAGGAUUGUUACUUGCUGGAAGAAAAAGAGAGACUCAAAGAAGAAUGGAAGUUGUUCAAAGAACAAAAGAAGAACUUUGAAAAAGAGCGCAAAAGCUUUACUGAAGCAGCUAUUAGAUUAGGACUGGAGAGAAAAGCAUUUGAGGAAGACCGUGGAGUUUGGCUGAAGCAACAGUUCUUAAAUAUGACUUCUGAUCAAAAUAAGGCUGACCGGAUGAAAGCACAGAAUGCUUUCCUGGGAAGUUCCGAAUCAGAUAAUCCAUUAACAAAUGUCAGGUCGCACCAAAAGAAAUUAAAUCACAUGUCCAGUGUACCCAAAUUUUCAGAUGUUUAUCAAUCAACUCAGCAUAUUCUUGAAAACAGUUUGAGUACUUUUCUGGAUAAAAUACCUGAAGACCAAAAGACCAACCAGAUUAAAAAGGAGCCAUUAAUGCUGCAGAUUAAGGAAGCCAGCCCUGUGGCAGAAGACAGUGGGAACAACAUACAUGGGCCACUAUCAGACCUAUGCACAGACCACAUAAUUAAUUCAUCUUAGCUUUUUGAACAUUCUUGCUCUUUUUGUUAAGCUGUUUCACCCAUAAAUUUUUUGAGUUUCACAAAACAGACUAUUCAUGAGUGGAAUUGAUGGUGAUAGCUGUUAUGCUGUAUGUGUGGCUUUUUAAGAAUCCCUCUCUGCCUCCCAAAAAUCUUCCUUGUAUUUCUGUCCCAUUUAGAAAGAGUGUCUGCCCUUCCCUCAAUAUAAAUAGCAAAUCUUUAUUCAGAUUUAUGUAUAUUCUUAUUACAGAUGAUAUGGUUCUUUAAUUGAAGAAAUGUGUGAUUUUUUUAAAGAAAAAGAAAUGCUUCAGCAUUGGUAUGUUUUCUUGCAAGCAAAAAUAGCACUUUUAGCAGUCAGUUAGUUUAUGAUGAACUGGUCACUUGUAUAUUUCAAGUGUAACUGGCAUUGAAACUCUUCUCUUAACUUGAAUGUAUAGUAUAUUAUAGAGUAACAUGGCAGGUUCUAUAUUUAUUGUAUAAUUUUGGAUUACCUCUUUUCAUAUAUUUUAAACAAAAAGCAGGGCCUUAGCUUUCAAAUGCAUAAGAUAUAAAGCAUUAUGUGAUAAUGCCAUAAAAUAUAUGAAGCCCUACAUUCCCCAAACCAUAGUAUUUUACAUGCCAACUGUUUUUUUGGUUUUUUAAAAAAAAAACAUGCUUAAGGAUUAGGUUUUUUAAAAAAAACAUUUCAGGAAAAGAAAAUUUAAAAAUGAAGAACUACACAAUAUGGACAAAUGUACAUGGGGUGCUUUUUUAGAAGUUCUUUUAUUGUGGGAUCAGAGAUAAGCAUUAUGUCUCUACUUUGUCAAAGUGUUCUCUAACUGGCCUUUGGAAUUCAGCAAUCAGACAAUAUGUAAUGUUCCUGAUGUAAGAAUUGUUGACGUGUCUACUCUUGACGAGCCAAUUUAUAUUUACUAGAGUGGAGAUACGCCAGAUAAUUCAGAAGAUGAUUGCAAUAUUUUUCCACAGCACAAUCUGAAUGUAGAUGAUGCAUGCUUCAACUAAGCAAAUCAGCAGACUUGAACCCCUCUGAAAAUAUCUCAGUUUUUAAAAGGAAAUAAAUGUUACAAUGUGUAUUUCAAA